CAAACAUUUUGAAAAUAUAAAAUUUUAAAUCAUUUUUUUAUACAAUAAAAUGAAAAAUCCAUGUACAGAAGUGGGUCACUAUGUAGAAGAUAAUCAACAGCAUCACAAUGAUGCUAUAUUCAGCUCUGAGACAGAAAUGAUAGGGUCCAUAUCUAAACUCUGUCAUGGGGACCUCUACGUCAUCGGCAGAAUAUGGAUACAAGCUCUCAAAACGGCCCUAGUUGGGACGAAUCUAUCAUUAAUCCCAGUGGUACACGCUGCAAAACCUGAUGAGCCCCCACAAAAGCCACCAAAAAUGAAAUACAAGGACUUACCCAUUUAUGAAAGCCCACAUUAUGAGUACAAAGACUACAUGGAAGACAAAAAGAAGUGCCCAAAUUCAGAUGUAAAACUCUUACACAACUAUAUAUAUCCAAAGGUUAAAAACUAUAGAAAAGGUUGGGUGGACUCUAUAGCAGAUUUCAAGAAGGACGCUUGCGAGUUGAAAAAUGAGGCAUGCGCGGUGAUUUGUCAGAAGAAAGCGGAAUUUAAGAAGGCUAUGAGAGCACCUGAGAAUUGUAAUGUAAGGCAAGCUGUGGUAGCGGUUGGUGCUGCAACUGGGUUCUUCAUGGCCUCUAAGAAGGGACUACCAACGAAAUUCUUUUAUGCAAGUAUUGGAGGAUUGGCCACUGGUGCUUUAUGCUUUCCUAAGGAGACAGAUGAAGUGUUUAGGCUUGCAUCAUAUAAGAUUGCUAAAGUUGCACUGGCUAUUUUCAAUAAGACUUGUGGGCAGAAUAUAAUUUUGAGGGAGAGGAUACCCUGUCGUGAAGACAUGCCCCCACCUCCACCAGAACGGCCUGCUGACAAAAAGAAUCCAUGCCCUCCGAAGAAAUGAUCGUGUUUGACUAACUUGAAGGUACUUUCAGUUUUUUUUUGUGACAAUAGUAAAUUAUUAUU